GCCGCAUACGGGCCUCGGCGAGCAGCUCCCGCGGGGCGGCCAGAGCCUGCUCCGCCCGCCCGCACGGCUCGGCCCGGCCCGGCCCGGCUCGGCUCGGCACGGCGCGGCCCGCUCCGCUCGCUCGGACCGCUCGGCCCCCGCCCGCCUUUUGCAUCGAAGAUGGCGGGUGGCGUGGACGGCCCCAUAGGGAUCCCGUUCCCUGAUCACAGCAGCGACAUCCUCAGCAGUCUGAAUGAGCAGAGAAACAACGGGCUGUUGUGCGACGUGAUCAUCUUGGUGGAAGGCCAGGAGUUCCCCACCCACCGCUCCGUCCUGGCGGCGUGCAGCCAGUACUUCAAGAAGCUCUUCACCUCAGGGUUAGUGGUGGACCAGCAAAACGUGUAUGAGAUAGACUUUGUGAGUGCGGACGCCUUGUCGGCUCUGCUGGAGUUCGCUUACACCGCGACCCUUACUGUCAGCACUUCAAAUGUCAAUGACAUCCUCAAUGCCGCCACACUGCUGGAGAUCCCGGCGGUAAGGGAUGUUUGCACGGAUCUCCUGGACAGGAAGAUUCUGGCCAAAAAUGACCAGAUGGAUACAGUAGAUCAAAUUGAUCAAAGGAACCAUCUCAGAGCAAAAGAGUACCUGGAGUUCUUCCAGAGCAACCCCGUCAAUGGCCACCAAGGCAGCUUUCCGUGGACCAACCCAGAGUUGAGAGACCUUCAGAGACUGAACUUCCGAGGCCAAGAGGAGGAGGAGGAGCCGGAUUGCAAUGGCAUAGAAUUCUACUCGCAAGCCCCCCUAAACGAAAGACCAAAGCCGAAUGACUGUGAUCCUGACAGCAAUUCAGCCAUGUGGCUGGACAGAGAGGAGGAGGAGGCGGCUCCUGGCUCCUUGUUUUCACCUUCUCAGAAUGGACAUUACAGCGGCCGUGGCCUGCCCACACCGGGAGAAGAGGAGGGACCCCGGGGGGGGCCUCUGGACCAGCAGGAAGCCGGUGACUCCCCCAGCUUCGUUCCUGCUGGAGCGGAGACGGAGGAUGAUGUGAGGGAGGUGGAUGGCUUGGCUGCUAGCGCCCUGCUGCAGCAAAUGAUGAGUUCCGUGGGGAGACAGCAGCUCGGGGAGGAUGACCGAAAGGAUGACGAUGGGGUCAUGGAUUAUUACUUGAAAUAUUUCGGCAGUUCGAACGAGGGCGACGUCUAUCCGUCCUGGUCCCAGAAGGUGGAGAAGAAGAUCAGGGCAAAAGCAUUCCAAAAGUGCCCCAUCUGCGAGAAGGUGAUCCAGGGGGCUGGCAAGCUGCCGCGCCACAUCCGCACCCACACCGGGGAGAAGCCCUACGAGUGCAACAUCUGCAAAGUCCGAUUCACCAGGCAGGACAAGCUGAAGGUUCACAUGAGGAAACACACCGGGGAGAAGCCGUACUUGUGCCAGCAAUGCGGCGCCGCUUUCGCUCACAACUACGACUUGAAGAACCACAUGCGCGUCCACACCGGCCUGCGGCCCUACCAGUGCGACAGCUGCUUCAAGACUUUCGUCCGCUCCGACCACUUGCACAGGCACCUUAAAAAAGAUGGAUGCAACGGUAUUCCAUCCAGGAGGGGCCGUAAACCCCGGGUGAGAGAUGCCGGGGGUCUGCCUACCACCCCUACGGGGAACCCCGAAGAUGGAAGUUUUCAAGCCGGUGGGGAGAGUCAAGAAUCAGAGGACACCCUGCAGAGGAACGGCCAGGAGCAGCAGCACUUUGAGGAUAAUUCAAAUAAUGAAGCAUCAGGAUUGAAUGUAGCAGGAGGGUCGUCUGAGGGUAACACGCAAGGACUCUCCUAAACCAAAAAAACAAAGUGUCACAAAAUCUAGUUAGUACUUUUCCUCCGAUUUUUCUCUUUAAAGAUGUUUCUCUCCCUUUUUUUAAAAAAAAAACAGAAAAAAAUAUAUAUAUAUAUUAUGUUUCCAAUCUUCCCAUCGUAAGCAGGGCUCCCCCGAGGAUCCCUCAGUAGCCAAGGACCUUUUCUUGGAAAGGCAGAUGCUAGGAAGCACAGGGUGGGGAUGGAAAGUGGCUCUGUCACAUGGAAAAGAGCUUCCAUGUAAAUCCAAAGCUUUAUUUUGUGUCCAAACACACGUUAAAAAAAAAAAAACAAACCUAUUUCAGAGAGAGAUCUAUUUAAGAAAAAAAAAAGCAAAAAUAGAAAAAAAAAAAGUGGUAGGAGUGGAAGGGCUCUUUCAGGGCGGGUGGUACGCGGUGCCUCGGAGGGCCGGGGGGAGCGGGGCCAGCCUUCCCCCCUCCGCUUUUUGGGAAGUUAAAGCUCCAGCGGCGCAAGAUGUUCGGUCGUUGCUGCGUCCCGAGGUGGAGAUGGCUCCUUCCAGGGAGAUCGGGGUCGGUUUUUUGGGGUAAGGGGGGGUGGGUCCUGCCCACCAGCCCCGGCGCGAAGCCGAAUUUGCCAGAGAGGGGAGCCGACGGCAGCGGCUUGGUGUAGAAAAUUGCCGAAAAUUGCCUAAUCGUGUGAGCGGACAACCAAGAUUUUGCAGGGUUGCUGUCGGCAGCGGGUGUCGGACACCCCGGAUUGGGGACACCCCGGGUUGGGGACACCCGGGACCGGGGACACCGGCUCAGCCGGAGCCACGCCGGUGCCACCGCCAACGGGUAACGCCGGGCGAGGGUCCGUCCGUCCCCGCGUCCGUCCCCAUCCCGGGGUGUCCGGCGCAUCCCGGGAAGGGGCUGAGACGGAUCCGGCACAGCACGGAUCCCACCGACCCCUUCCCAGCACCCGCUGCCCUGGCAGAAUUUGGGGCUGGGGGGGGGGAACCCUCCCCCCUAGGCUAUUUUAGGCACUGGGUCAGCGCAGCAGUGUUCCCAUAUGCCCCGAAAGCGCCUAAAAAUGGCAAAUUCCUUUUAAAAAAGGUUAUUUGAGGUCUCCCUUAAAGGGGCAGGAGGCCUUUGGGCGGGGGGGGGCGGCACGAACUGCAGCGGCCCCAGCUCCCCCCAGCCCCCAUUCCCUAUAUACAUAUACAUAUAUAUAUAUAUAUAUAUAUGCUAUAUGGCUCUAGAGGCGGGUAUAUAACCCUCGGGUUUAGCAGAGGACGAUAAGAAAAGGCACCUUUCAGCUGGUCACCUGUUUUCUAAAUGCACAUUUUUAAAUGAAAAAGAGAUUUUAAGCCCUUUAUUUUGAAAGCACUUUUUAGAUUCUCUUCCUUUUUUUUUUUUUUUUUUUUUUGGUCUUUUUUUUUUUUUUUUUUUCCUUUUGGUGUUUUGUUUUUACUUUCAAAGCAAGAGCAGGUUUGGCCGAAUGUAUUUUGGAGAGGGAGUGAGAGGGGAGUGUGUGCUGGGGGGGAGGGCUGAGUGGUGGGGGUGGGGGAGAGAUGGAUGUUUAUUUAAUGCAGAAAAAGCAAUAAAAAAUAAAAAAAAAACCAUGAUAAAAAAUAAAAAAAAAAAACAAACAAAGAAGUCUUAGCACUUUGCGAUGGAACGGGUACUUUGAGAUCACUUUAUCUUAAUUUAAAAAGCAAAAGCAAAACAUGUUUACAAGUCAAAACCAACUUCUACGGAGAAAAAAUAUUAUUAAAAAAAAAAUCCUAAAUUUAUUUUUGUAAGAAAAAUGUGUAUAUAUAUAUAUAUAUUUAAAAAAAAAAAUCAUAGGCAGAAUCCAAGUUCUAUUUCAUGGAGUAAUAAAAGCCGCAAGGUGUCCGAUGGGAGGAACGAUGCUAAUUAGGUUCUGUGACAUGCCCUGACACCAGACCCUCCGAAGUCGUUGCACUUCGUGAAUAAAAAAAAAAACAAAAAAACAAAAAAACAAAAAAAACCGAAAACCACGGAAGCUUGAAUUUUAGGCAGGAAUCAUGGGGGGUUUGUUUUGUUUUUGUGUAUUGUUCAUUUCUCCCCUCACCCUUUAUUAUUUUUUUUUCUUUUUUUAAAUUUUAUUUCUUCAAUGUUUUCUAGCCAGUGCUAGUCCAGACGUCUCACCCAUCUCCCCCCCCCCUAAACACACCGCGGAAUGGGGGGGCCGUGAUGCUCCCCAUGGGCUUUGCAUCCCUCCCGGUCCCCCACCCCAGCCCUGGGCAGGUAAAUUCGGAUCCGGGCAUCGAAUCCUCCCGGAAAGGUACCGGAGGGACCCGGAUCGGGGCCGGCAGCGGGGGCUCUGGGGUGGGGGGGGCUGCAGCAGAUAACCCCCCCUCCCCGGCCGAUGCCCCAGCCGGGCUGAACCUCUGCUUAGCACUGGCUAAUUCUGGCAUAUGCAAAAAACAAAACAAAAAAAAAAAAAAUCAAGCGUGGAUUUGUAAAUAGACACUUACUUGAGGUUCUUUAUUGUAAUCGGAGUUGUGGUAUCUCUUUUCUAGUUUGUGUUAAUUUUUAUUCCCGGUUUUUCCCCCCCCCCCCCCCCGCCCCAGCUCCUCGCUGCUGCUGUUCUUCCCUCCCUCCCCACUCCCAGCCCCGAAAGAGCCUUGGAAAGUUUGGGGGGGCUUUGGGUGAAGGGCCCCCGGCGCUUGGGGAAUAAACCCUGCGGCUUCCUCCGCCCUGGCCAGCCCUUGGACAGCAGGGGGAAAAAAAAAAAAAAAAAAAGAUUGGGGGGGGGGGAGGGGAAAGAGGGGAGGGGAAAAAAAAAGAAGGGGGAAGAAAAAAGAGGGGAAAAAAGAAAUGGGGAAAGAAAGAAGAGGGAAAAAAAUGGGGGGGGAGGAAAAAGAGGGGAGGAAAAAGAGGGAAAAUAAAAAGAAAAAAGAGGGAAAAAAGAGGAAAAAAAAAGGAAAAAGAGAAAAUGGCACAAAAAGUAAGAGGAGAGAGAGAACUAGUCUCAGGAUUCCCCGCGGCGAGAGCGUCCCCACGCCUGCGACGUCCCCGCGUCCCCGUCCCCCCCGGCCUCUCCAGGCCCCCCCAGACCGACCCCGGCCCUUGCUGGCAACACUUUAGCACAAAUUUAAGUUUGCACUAAAAACAACAACAACAACAAAAAAAAACCCCAAAAGCAAAAAAAAAACAACCCCCAAACCCAGCAGGUUUGUCCCCAUCCCGCAGCCAUCGCCUGCCUUAACCCCCAGCUCUGCAGCAGCGACGAGGUCGUUCCCCCCCCCCCCCGCGCACCGAGAGGGUUUGGUUUUUUUUUAUUUCGUUGUCGUUCUUGUCAUUAUUUUUUUUUUUUUUUUCCUUUAAUUCAGGUUGUGAUAAAGUGUUGCCAAAGAUACUGCUGAGUUACGCCGGGUCGGGAAAAGAAAAGAAAAAAAUAAAAUAAAAUAAAAUUCCAUAAUAAUAAUCACCGGACAGAACCCAAA